UAUAAUUACUCGCAAGAAAUAUGUUUUUUUCUUUUCAAAAGAACUUCUUCCUGUCGUCUCAAGGAUACUUUCCGCCCUAUACAUGUUUACAAAUUGCAAGCGAGUCAUUUCAUCAGAUUUCAAAUUUCUCUAAGUUUCGUUCCAAUAUCUGUCUCUUUCUCUCUAUUCAGUGACUCGGAGCUCUCCGAAAUCUAGCUUCACUGUAAUUCUCUUCCUUCACUUCUUUUUGCCUAUUUGCAUUGUUUUAGUGUAAUUGAAAGCUUUUAAUUCUGUUUGGUUGCUGAGAAAACGAAUCCAAAAGCAAAAGAUAAAGGUUAGUAGCGUACGUUUCCCGAUGAGUUUGCUCUUGUAUAGACUAUAGACCGAAGGACUUUGCCUCAUUUUUAGGCAUUUACUUAAUCGUUACUACAUACUCAUACUUUACUUUUCCAAGAUCACAUUAAAAUUUUGAACAUUGGCCUUUCCUCAUCGUUUCUCACACUUUAUCGGGUUGUAAACAGAGUCCAGAAGUAUUUAUUUAUUCGAAUUUUAAUUAACCUAGCAUCUUUUUCCGAGAAUUUAAAGUGUUGAUGGAGCAAAACGAGGGUGGAGAGUUCCCGCCAAAAAACAGUUGAAUCAUUUGAAAAAGCAAUACAUACUGUUGAUGUGACGUUGGAUUUCCCGCCUAAAACGCUAGAAUCAGUAGAAAGAACUACAAUAAUUGUUACGGACACAUCAAGUUUCAAUCAAAGAAAGCUGGCUAGGCGGCUAGUUUUCACUGAGUUCGGUUUGUCACCUCUGGUCUCUACAUCGCCGCAGGCAGAUCCACCUUCGCUUCCACGUUCUCCAUUUCCUGCAAUAUCGGGAAAAGUUGAUAAUAUUUUGUUGAAAUUUUCCAUUUAUUUAUUUCAUGAUGGGAAGUUAGACUCUCCAAGAUUGAUGCCACGGUUACGCGCCAGAAUAAUCAGCGGUGCUCCAAUGAUUCGCAGACGAUGUCACUGCAAGCAAUCGAAAUGCAUACAACUCUGUCCAGAAGUUGUUGCUUCGGCCUACGAAAAUGGUGUUUUUCCCCAAUGCAUGUACUGUGAAUGCUUUGCUUCUGGAGCAUUCUGUGAUGGUUGCGGCUGUUCUGCUUGUCAUAAUAAUAUUGAGAAUGAGGCUAUAAGGAAAUCAACUAUUGAAAGUAUUCUGAAGCGUAACCGAAAAGCUUUCAAGCCAAAGAUUGCUAGCAGUUCCCAAACUGAUGGGGAUAAUGCGAAGACUGUUCCAAUCAUGCUCGUAGGAGAACAGAAGGGAUGCCACUGCAAAAAAUCUAAUUGCAUCAAGAAGUACUGCGAGUGCUUCCAAGCAAACAUCAGAUGCUCAGAGAAUUGCAAAUGUGUUAAGUGCAAGAAUCUGGAAGUAAAUGAGCAGAGAACGGCUCAUUCUUGGGGAGAAUAUGAUAACAGUAAAGCCUCUGUUGAGGAGACAAAUGCUGCUACUUUUGCUGCUAUUGGAUCCUCAGGCUAUAGCUUCUCUCAAGAAACCAGAAAGAGAAAGUACCAAGAGAUUCUUGAUUCGGACAAGAAAGAGCAGGAAAUUCAGGACAUUAAACAAGAUCAACAGCAGGAAAAUCCAGUCACAGUUUCUGGUUCCUUCCCUACCUUUUCUGUUACUCCUGCUCACUGUAUUCUUAGUUCUACAGUCUUGGGCUCUUCAAAGUUUGCAUACAGAUCAUUGUUGGCGGACGUCGUUCAACCGCUCGACACGAGAGAGCUCUGUUCAUUUUUGGUGGUGGCAUCCAAGGCUGCUAAAAUUCUUCCCGACAUGCAGGAAGCAAAAGAAAACCAGAUAGCCACAAUUCCUGCAGACCAGAAUGGGAAAAAUCAGGAGAAGGAACCUGAUGAUCAGAAAGUGACGUCUGAUAACAACUUGAGUACUGGCAACCAAACUGAUACCCUUGAUGUAGAGGUCUCUAGAUCUGAUGGUACUAAUGUGCAAGAAGAUUUCUAUGGAGAGAUGGAAAGGCUUGCUUUGACAUGUUUACAUGAUUGUCUUGCCAAGCUCAUCACUUUUGGAGGGGUAAAAGCAGCAGAAUUAGUGAAAUCAGCACUAAAAUCUGAUCUAAACUGAGAUCUGACCGAAAGAUAGGUUUAAAUUUUACUCCAAAAGCUCAAGGUGAACAGAAUGCUUAAACAUCUCCAAAUUCAAGUGAGGUUACUGCCACAGUUGGUAACAAUCCAAGAGAAAAAAAAAAAAAAUGAAAAAAACACCCACUUUCUCACCUAUGACUGGAGACUCAAUUCUCUUCCAUAGUUUUUAUUCAAAUUCCAAGGAACAAAAUGAUGAGAACAGUGCAUGUUAUUUGAAUCUAUCCUAUUCGAUGUUAUUCGCUAGAAAUGCAAAGGAUAAUUAUAUUUGCUCCUAAAA